UCAGCUGCCUCUAGAGCUCAUAUCCUUUUCAGCUUAACUUCUGAAGAUCACACCACACGUCACCAUUUUCAAGGUGUUUUUAGCAGACAUAGACAUCAGCCAGACGACAGCUUCAGCAGUGCAUUACAACAACAUAAUCACAGUGAAAUCUGCACAAAGAGAGAAAGAUGAAGAUGAUCUGUCUGCUUUUGGCCGCUAUUUGCAGCCCCGUAUUUACUGAAGACUGGAAGGCUAAUGUCGUAAAAGAACUUGACGCCCUGGUUACAUCAUGUGUUGCGAUACCCUGUUCAUUCACCUAUCCUAAAGAUAAUCUGCCCAGCUCCAAACUCAGAGGGAUUUGGCAUCUUUCAGAUCCUCCAACUAGCCUGGUGUAUCAUGAGGAUCAGACAAGGGUCUUGGACAACUUUAAAGAUUGAACUAGCAAAGACAAAUGAACCCACCCGUGACAAGUUCUCCUUUGUUGAGGAUUGUGUCACCUUGAAAAUGCUCCAUGAACCUCCAACUCCUACACUGACUAAACCAGACACAGCCACUGUGGGACGUUCCUACACUGUCACCUGUUCAGUCAAACACACCUGUUCCUCACAUCAGCCUACACUCACAUGGAGUAGAAGCACCGAUGUGGACGUUAAGUCCUACAGAGAAAUUCAUUCUGGGAACUGGGAGGUACAAUCCAUCCUGACGUUCACUCCUGAGGAGAAGGAUGACCACGAAGACAUCACAUGCACAGCCACAUUUAAUGGAAUGAAGACAUCCACUGCAAAAUUUACACUCUAUGUAAAACGUACACAAAACUUCAACCACAUCAUUAUUCCCACUGCAGUAGGGAUUGGCAUCACUGUUAUCUUUGGAGUCGUCUGCAUUUUCAUGUUGAAAAAAUACAAGGGACGCAUUGCAGAGUUACAAAGUCGGGAUGGCAGCAUGUGGAACCGGCUGUCCAGGAUGUCUCGCAGAGUUCGUUCUGGUGGUCCAGGACGUUCUCAUUCUGAUCAAAGGCCCAAAAAUGGGAUUUCACAAUCCUAUGCUGAAGAGAAAGUCCCCAAGCCUCGCUUCCCAUCCCCCAAAAGCCAGCCGAAAUCUUGCAAUUAUAAAGCGGACCCCGAUGACGGUGACGAUUACGUAAACACUGCAGAUCUCAACAUCUACGGAAACCUCUGAAAAAAGGAAAUUUAUUUCCAAAGAAUGAGUUUGUGAUCAAAGCAAAUAACAAAUCUAACCACACUCAUAAUGAUCAAAGCAAAUCUGGCCAUUGCAAAUUUGUUAUGCAUUGGCACUGUAGUAAUGUCUUCUAUCAAGCAAAAUAUAAUAACAUUAGUCAUUUGAUUAUAUUACACUGAAUCAAUGAAAUUGUAUUAUACAAUGUAUUAUAAUGACCAUUGACAGGCCUGCAACAUGCCACAGUGAGACUCAAUUAAAUUAGUGGAUGCAAAAGGCAAUAACUAAAGAAAACAACGGAUAAGAAUUUAAAUGCAGUAGUCUGACAUUUUGAGAAAUGCACUUAGGCACAUUCUUGCUGAUUGAUACCACCCUAAUAUGUUCCUGUUAAAUAAGAGGCUACGGCCAUAAAUUUAGCUUGACAUAAAGACUGGAACAGAUAUCCUGGCCAAAGGUCAUAACCAUCUCCAACUAGUGCUUCAGAAGCUACAUGCUCAGAUAUAAUAAGAAUCGGAAUCAGCUUUAUGGCCAGAUGUGUUGCACACACAAGGAAUUUGAGUCUGGUACAGCAGCUCUCAAUGUGUAUGUACAUAUCAACAAGCAAAGAAAUGUGCAUCAGGAAAAGAAAAAAAAGUAAGAGUAAGGUACUUAUA